AGGUGGUGACCUAGAAUCCUGCCAGAAUGUGUUCACACACCCGUGAUGGAUGCAUAACUUGCUCUUCACAUCUAUGCUAAGUACUUCACAGCAUUUGGGAUUUUUGUACAGUAAUUUUUUUUUCUCCUUUCACGGCUCAUGUCUUUAUGUUCGCAUUGGUUUGGAAUUGCUGUGCAAUGGAAUCAACAGAAGUGGAUUAUGACAAGCUGGCAGAUUUCAUCCUUUGACAAAAGCUGGACAAGAGGAGAAGAGACAGAAAAUGUAAAACAGCGCAGGUGAUGUCAGCUGAGGUCAUCACCAUGGUGACCUUUUCUGACACAACCCAGGUCUCCCCCAUGGAGCUGCAUGAGCCCCCGUGUUUGAGUAACUCGCUGUCUCCUGGGCUCAGGAGAAAAAAGAUGCUGUGGCAGAAUGCAGUGAAACACAUCAUCAUCCAGCAGGAGCUCAGCGCUCAGGUGGGUGUGGAACCGGCCCGCAAAAUCUUUGUGACGGACACUUACAUAGAGGACAUCAACAGGCAAAUCCGCAGCAAGGGCUCACGUGGGGUGACCAAACGGCGCUCUUCAACAUUCAGAGUCCAGGCCCGUGGUUCCACAAGCACACAUGGCAGUUCUGGUGGUACCGCUCAGGACUACACCAGUGAUGCAGACUUCUUUGUGCACUGGGGUAAAACUAUUCGUGGAGUUUACGUACCCAUGCUGAGACAUACUUUCAAAUCCCGUGAUCUAGAAAAACUCUACCAGCAAUACUCAUCCCACCAGAGACGCAACUCUCUUGCCAUAACCAAUGUGAUUGAUGCCGUGGCCAAGCUCCACGUGUUGGUUCUGUACCUGGCGUUGGCCCCGGAAGCUCCAACAGAUGCCCUGCGUGGAUGCCUAACAGGCAUUUUUAUGGUGUUUGCCAUAGCUCUGUGUGUCGUGGUGCUAACAUGCAAAGACUCCAUGUCCCCUCAGUGGCUUCACUUUGCCGGCCUCGCCAGCUGGUUUUCACAGACCACACAGGUCCUGGGGGGUCUAGUGUAUGGAUUAGAAAAAGACCCAUCGUGGUAUGUCAUGUUCACACUUUUUGCAACAUACACCCUGUUGCCGUUGCCUCUGCUGUGGGCCAUGUGCGCCGGCUCCCUCACCUCAAUUCUGCACCUUCUGGUGGAGAUUGUGCACUACUACAAUGAAGCUAUGCUUUUCAAAAAGGUGUUUGCCAAAGGCCUGCUGUAUUUGGGUAUGAACACAGCUGGCCUGUUCAUCCAUUACUUGACAGACCAUGCUCAAAGACAGGUUUUCCUGGAGACGCGUCGCUGCAUCGAGGGCCGCCUCAAACUAGAGCAAGAGAACCAGAGACAGGAGCGCCUGGUGUUGUCAAUCCUGCCAGGCUUUGUUGCCUUGGAGAUGAUUGCUGACAUGAGCUCUUUGGAAGAUGAACUCAACCCUCAGGAAUUUCACAAGAUCUACAUCCACCAGUACAAAGAUGUCAGCAUCCUUUUUGCAGAUAUCAAAGGCUUCACUCAGUUGUCAAUUAACCUUUCAGCACAAGAGCUGGUUCGAACCCUUAAUGAGCUUUUUGGACGCUUUGACCGGCUGGCAGAGGAACACCACUGCUUGCGGAUAAAGCUACUGGGUGACUGUUACUAUUGUGUGUCUGGGGUCCCUGAGCCACAGCAAGCCCAUGCACGUUACUGCGUUGAGAUGGGCCUGGCUAUGAUCAGCACUAUACGACUUGUCCGGAAGCAGCUGAACUUUGAGAUGAACAUGAGGAUAGGUAUCCACUCCGGAUCUGUUCUCUGUGGCGUGCUGGGCCUGCAGAAGUGGCAGUUUGACGUCUGGUCCUGGGAUGUGGGCAUCGCCAACAUGCUGGAAGCCGGAGGUAUACCAGGACGGAUCCACAUCUCAAGGGCAACUCUGGAUUGUCUAGAUGGUACCUACAAAACAGAGGACGGUCAUGGUCGUGACAGGAACGAGUUUCUACGAAAACAUAACAUCGACACCUUCCUCAUCUGCCCACCAGAGGAAACGGAUCAGGAUGACCAUGCCGAGCCCACCAAAGUCCAGAAGAACGUUCGAACCUGGAACCCAGAGAUCCCUUUUGGGCUUGUUAUUGACAUGAAUAGUAUCCUGGCCUCUUUUACUAAUGGCUCACUGCCCAGUAUUUGGCAGUCAACCUCCAGAGAGAUUAACAAACGCAUCAAACAUGCCAUUGAGGUUCGAAGCAGCGAACGCAUGCGCAAGGAGCACAUCACUCCUCUGACACUGGUGUUUAAAGACACACACAUUGAGGAUAAGUUCUCCCAGAUACGAGAUGAGAUGUUUAAUUCCAACAUGGUCUGUUCGUUCAUCGUGCUCAUCUUUCUCAUGGCUGCCCAGGCUGUAAUCCCUGCUCCCAGGCAGUACCCCGCCAUCCUCCAGUUUUCUGUCUUUCUGCUCAUGUACAUGCUGCUGCUGCUGGUCGCGUUGGCUGAGGAGUUCAAGAGAACUCCAGCAGCACUGCAGCACUUCUGCUGCUGGAUCCACGAAAACAACAGUGCCCGCAACCUCCUCACCCUAACAGCCAUUGUCAUCAACUUCGGCUUGGCCUCUACUGACAUGGUGUGGUGCAUCUUCACAGCCACGGGAGAGGCUGAUACAGUGGAUAUGAUGAACACUGGCUCACAAUCGCUUUCUGUCUGCACCUACCCAGAAAUCUUUGUGUUGAGUGGCGUGGUCGCCAUGGUGACAUGUGCUGUGUUCCUGCGUUUGAACUCCCUGCUCAAGCUGGCGGUGUUGCUGGUGGUGGUGGUUGUGUACUCGUACAUCAUCCACCUGGCCUUCGCUGCUCUCACCCGCCACGACACGCUGCACAGGUCUCACUAUGUCAGGAGAAAAGGGAUUUCCAUUUUUCUGAUGGCAAUGUUCAUUGUUGCUGUUUUCUACAAUGGACGGCAGUGGGAGGCUACGGCCAGACUGGACUUCCUGUGGCGUCUCCAGGCCCAGCAGGAGGUGGAAGACAUGAGGGAAUUGCGGGAACACAAUGAGUGCUUGUUGCACAACAUCCUGCCCGUGCAUGUAGCACGACAUUUUCUGGACCGGAGUAAGAAUGAUGAGGAGCUUUACUCCCAGUCCUAUGAUGAUGUUGGUGUCAUGUUUGCCUCCAUCGCUGGCUUCAAUGAGUACUUUGAGCAGAAAGAGAUUAAACAUGAAGGUGUCGACUGCCUCCGACUGCUGAAUGAGAUCAUUGCUGGCUUCGAUGAGUUACUGGAGGAGUCAUACUUCCACUAUGUGGAGAAGAUCAAGACUAUUGGGAGCUGUUACAUGGCUGCAUCUGGCUUGGCUCCCAAGAGACAGACAUCAAUGGAGGAGUGGAAUCACUUGAGUGAGCUGGUUCUAUUUGCAUUGGCAAUGCAGGAGACCUUGAAAGAGAUUAACAGAUACUCCGCCCAAAACUUUGAGCUGCGCGUGGGUAUUGCCAAUGGACCAGUGGUCGCAGGGGUAAUUGGUGCUACUAAACCACAAUACGAUAUCUGGGGAUCAACGGUGAACCUGGCAAGUCGCAUGGACACCACAGGCGUGAGUGGCCGCAUUCAGGUGCCCGAGGCCACCCGCCGCAUCCUGUCGGAGUGGGGUUUUGUCCUGGAGCUACGUGGAGAAAUAUUUGUCAAGGGGGUCAGUGAGUGCCAGGGGAAAAUCCGCACAUAUUUCAUCAGCACCAUGCGCAGCAAGAAGGCAAAGGCUGGAUCAGAUUUGCGCCCAGGGGGGCGGACAGGAGGACGUAUGACGCUGGCUGGACUGGUGUUUGGUCUCGUCCAGGCCAGAAACAAAGAGAAGUUGAGAGAGAGCAAUGGGACUUUUGGUAUAAGCCACUGCAGCCUGCAGUGCUGAGAACCGAAAUCAUGCACGGUCGAUGUCCAGAAACUAUGUUUCUGCAGGUCAAAUCAGUUUAGACUGGCAUUUUGAAAAGACCUGCCUGUCCUACGGGGCUCUUAAAGUUGAGAUGAACAUCUUGAGAGCCUUGUUUUUUGUUUUUUUUUCUAAAUGCCAUUUCUCAGUUAAGAAAAAGCCAACAGGUCUUCUCAUUAGCUGGGAUGAUACUCCAGCAAGAUGUCAGACCUCUGAGCCAAAACAUUGAAUACCUCAAAGAAACAACUCAAAUGGCCUAUGCAGCACUGAAAAGUCUUUGAACUGCAUUGUCACAUCAUUUCAGUGUUGUUUACAGUUGCAUUUCCAUUAUCUAUCAAUUUACUGCUGCUUGUUUUUUUAUUUUGUACAUAUGCUAUUUUUUCUGCUGUGUUUAGGUCUCAUCGGUAUAACAUUUCUAUGUGAUAUUUCAUAUAGAACUGAUAUAGUCACAUUAUUAUUCUAAACUAUUGACAUGCAUACCUUCAGAAAAGAAAGAAAGUCCUAUGAAGGGCUUUCAGUGGCUGUGUGAGUCAAUUGUUGAGUUGUGUUGUUACUGUUUUCAUUGUCAAAAUGAUAAAAGGGGAUAAAUGAAAGUCUUCAACAAAGUUUGCAAUGGACACAACGUUGUAUCACCUAACAAACGCAAACAGCGUUGUGGUCAGGUCAUGUCUUUUAAAAGUUUGGUGUUCUGGGAGUUCAUGUCAAGAAAAGGACACAAUGUACAGUAAAUGUUACAGUAACUAUGCACAUUCUGAAUAUUUUUAUACACUUUUUUUUACAGAAGCAUAUAAUAGUGUGAUUUCCCUUAAUAAAAGCAAUGAUGCUGAUUGUUUUUCAUUUCAUCGUAGCCAAAAGCACAGUAUGAUCACUGAUGCUGAUAUGAUUUAUUUUGUGCUUCCAUCUGAAUUACUUCAACUCAAUCCAGACAGCAGGGGAGAAAUGACAAGUGAAAUGGGAAAUACUUUGUCCAUUUAAAAAAGAAAUUC